CAAAACAAAAUCGACUAGUUUAAAUAAGUCCAGAAAACAAAAGCGUUUGUUGAAUAUCAAAUGCAUAAACCCUAAAACUCCGCAAUAAGAUUAUGUGUGGGUCUGUUUAGAAAUUUAUAAUGCCGUACUUCCCGCCUCCUGGAUCAAUUACUAUCUGCGAAAUCAACAGACAUCUAACCACUGCUGAGAGUCUCUCAGACGAUGAAGCCAAGGAUACUUAUGGCAAAAUUCUGGGAAUGGUGUUCAGUCCCGUUCCUUUUCAACCUAAUGGAGACCAGGAGACGCGUGACCUGCAAAGACCUAGUGGCGUGUUUAAAUCGAUGCAGGCCUUUGCUUACCGCCACAUUUUUCAUCACAAUCAUGUAAACUUGUUGCAAGAGGUGGAUUUUAAAGGGGUGAGCUGGCACGAGCAUAAGCAUAUGAUUGCAUUCAUCUCUGCCCCAAAUCAGGUCGUUAUUCAUGAUUAUGAAGAUUCAGAAGGGAAGGAUGCAUGCAUCCUGACUUGUGAUGCUCAAAGAGACAUUAAAGUUAUUGAGUGGAGGCCGAAUGGUGGAAAUUCUAUUUCAGUAGCAUGCAAGGGCGGGAUCUGCAUCUGGUCGGCAUCAUAUCCUGGAAAUGCAGCAUCUGUGAGAUCUGGUUCUACUUCAUCAUUGGGAGCUCUUUCAAGGGGCUCUGGAAAACGAUGGACUCUUGUGGAUUUUUUCCGGAGUGAUAAUGAUGAGCAAAUAAGUGCACUCUCCUGGAGUCCUGAUGGAAGGUACUUGGCAUCCGCUUCACAUGAAAGUUCAUCGUUCACCAUAUGGGAUGUUGCACAAGGAAUCGGUACCCCCAUUCGCCGGGGUUUAGGGGGAAUAUCAAUGCUCAAAUGGUCACCUACUGGAGAUUAUUUUUUCACUGCAAAAUUUGAUGGAACAUUUUAUCUUUGGGAAACAAACACAUGGACAUCUGAACUAUGGUCUUCAACUAGUGGCUUUGUCACGGGAGCUACAUGGGAUCCAGAUGGACGUAUGGUGCUGAUUGCUUUCUUUGGAUCUGCAACACUGGGUUCUAUUCACUUUGCAUCAAGGCCUCCAUCUUUAGAUGCACACCUACUACCAGUUGAUUUACCAGAGAUAGUAUCCUUGACAGGCAGUCAAGGAAUUGAGAAGAUAGCGUGGGAUGCUUCAGGUGAAAGAUUAGCUGUAUCUUAUAAAGGAGGCGAUGAGGUCUACAGGGGUCUCAUUGCAAUAUAUGAUGCUAGAAGGACUCCCCUGAUUUCUGCAUCACUAAUUGGUUUUAUUCGAGGGCCUGGAGACGAUCCUAUGCCAGUCACAUUUUCAUUUCAUAACAAAUUCAAACAAGGACCAUUGCUUUCUGUUUGUUGGAGCAGUGGGUUUUGCUGUACCUACCCUCUCAUAUUUCAUUCUCACAAUCUUGCCUAGUUAAGGCUGGUGUACAUUUCUUAAGGGCUUUUCAUUUUUUCCCCCUGAGUACUUGUACCAUUUCUCAAACUGAAUCCUUGAGCUUUAUUUUUGUUAAAACAAUAUUUGUCUUGGCAUCGUGAAAAACGAAAUAUCCAGUUUAGUCAUUGUAUUCCUGUAUUUUACUUUAUUCAAUAAAUUAUAGUUUUAUUUGAUUUCUGUUAAAA